AUGAGUCCUGCUGAAAUUCAGAUCGACAACGAGGCAGAGUCAGAGAAACCCAAGAUUGCAAAAAGAAGAUUUGUUGGUAGAAAGCCAAAUUCAGACAUUAAAGCUACAGCCGAGGAUCAACCAUUAGUCAAAACUCGCAUUAAGCGUCAUAUUGGUAGAGCCAUCAACCAAAUUCCUGAUGAUAUAUUAAAUGAUAAAGACUUGAAUGAAGCUAUAAAGCUACUACCUUCCAACUACAACUUUGAAAUCCACAAGACAGUAUGGAAUAUUCGCAAACAAAAUGCCAAACGAGUUGCUUUGCAAAUGCCAGAAGGUCUACUUAUUUAUUCGUUAAUUAUUUCAGAUAUAUUGGAGGAAUUUUGCCAAGUUGAAACAUUAGUAAUGGGAGAUGUAUCAUACGGAGCAUGUUGUAUUGAUGAUUUCACCGCGAGAUCACUAGAUUGUGAUUUUAUAGUUCACUAUGCUCAUUCAUGUCUUGUCCCCAUUGACAUUACCGAGAUUAAGGUAUUGUAUGUAUUUGUCACGAUAAACAUUGAUGAAACGCAUUUGAUCAAGACCAUAAAGAGGAAUUUCGAUCAAGGAGCCCAGAUUGCCAUCUUUGGUACUAUACAAUUCAACCCCACAAUCCAUAGUGUCAAGGCCAUUUUGGAAAAUGAUCCUGAGAAGCCAAUUUAUUUAAUCCCGCCUCAAGCAAGACCGUUGUCAAAGGGUGAGCUCCUAGGUUGUACAUCAGCCAGGCUAAACAAGGAACAUAUCCAAGCGACGAUAUACGUUGGUGAUGGGAGAUUCCAUCUUGAAAGUUCAAUGAUCCACAACCCCGAUAUCCCUGCAUAUCGCUACGAUCCCUACGAUCGAAAAUUCACUCGCGAGUACUACGAUCAGACACAAAUGACGCGAGUGAGAGAAGAUGCUGUCGUCACAGCGAGAAAAGCCAGGAAAAUUGGGCUAAUCCUUGGUGCUUUAGGACGACAGGGGAACCCCGUAACAUUACAAAAGUUGGAACAUCAACUUUCUCAAAAAGGAGUACAAGUGGUCAAGAUCAUUCUUAGUGAGAUAUUUCCGCAAAAAUUGUCCAUGUUUGAUGACGUUGAUGCUUUUGUACAAGUCGCUUGUCCUAGAUUAUCGAUUGACUGGGGUUAUGCAUUUAAUAAGCCAUUGCUAACUCCAUACGAAGCAAUGGUGAUGCUUGAACAGGAUACAAUGUGGGACGAGAAAUACUACCCAAUGGACUAUUAUGCCAAAGAUGGUUACGGUAGAGGACAGAAACCCAUUCGAGGAGAAUAG